CGCAGUACUGUUGUGGCGCCCUCCGUCGUGCGCACAUUUUCGCCCGUGAGAGCACCAUCUAGGUGUUGUGUAUUCAAGUUGUCCGCGCGCGCCAGAAAACAAAAGAGAAAUAUAUAGAGGUGACAACAUGGCCGUAACGAGAAUAAGCGUCGUUGAUUUUCCCUAUCCUCCAUCUCCACACUGUUUUUGAACUGAUCAGAAAUAUAAAUUUUAAAAACGAUCACUUACGUUGUGAUAUAAUCUUUAGCAUCGCGCUUCUGUAAAAUAUGCAAUAAAGCAGCUUGCUGUUAGAAGUCAGCAUGGUCUUAUGAAAAUUUCAUUUAUUUCGAAACUGCCGGUUAUAAAUUAUAUAUAGUGCAUGUCGAACUGGGAUUUGUUUCCUGUAACUGCCAUUUUCCCCAGAGAAGGUAGAGUUACACUUGAAUGUACAAUCUAGAGAUUAGUGUAUAUCACACAAUAUAUACUGUAAGCGUACAAGGUUUAUAAAAACACGAAGUGAAAACACAAACCUCAGCAAAUUUUGGCUUUAUAUCUCAAAUAAAAAAGAUAUUUUUUAUUGUAUAUUUAAAAUAUUUUAUACCAUUAACUGUGAAAAUGAACAAAAUAAUUUGUGUUAUUGUGUUGUUGAGUAUGCUCAUUAAUAAAGGAGAGAGCUUGUACUGUUACAGAUGUAACAGUAAUCAGCCUGGGUGUGGCACUCCUUUAAAUUGGUUAUGGUAUUGGGGAGAGACCUGCCCAGAAUAUGAUGACAAAUGUGUAAAAAUUAUUGAAAAGAAAGGAGCGGAAACCAUGAUAACACGAGAGUGUUUAAGCUCUGUACGUGGCUUUAGAACAGACAUUCCAGCAGAUAGAUAUGAAGGUUGUAGAGCAGCUGCCAAAGAUGUUAAAUUGGGACAUUAUGUGAAUAACUCUAUUUCUCAACUGGAUAUUCAUAGAGAUUAUUAUGAUGAAGUAAUAUGGUGUUUCUGUUAUUUCGAUCAUAGGUGUAAUACUGCUACUGGUAUUACAAUUUCAACCCUAUUACUAUUUAUAGGUGUUGCUAUACAAUUUGCAACAUAAGAUAUUUAGAAAAUACUCAAUUCUUACAUUUCAGAUUUACUUAAAUGUAUUUUUUUUUUAAAUAGUUAGAUCUGAUUGCAUUUACUUCAAUUGGUAUAUGCAUACAUUUAAAUGAACUAAAUUUACUUCAAAUUUUGAUUCUCCACACUUGUACAUAGUGUAAAUAAGUGCUUUAAGUAUUUUUGUGUUACCAGAAAAAUGUGAAGUAAUUAUUGAGUGUUAAGAAAAGACAUAGUACAUGUUCCGUCCAAAAGAUUAUUAAAAGUUCAGAAAUAUUAAUAUUUUUAUAUAAGUAAGUAGUUAGACUAUCUUAACAUAUCAAAGUGCCGUCCACUGUCAAAGAAACAUAUUUUUUAAUCUUAUAUAUUUAAUUGUUAGGUUUUAUAAUCUUUUUUAUCACAAA